UGCUGAUUGCUGGUUAAUAUUUACAGGUAGCAUGGGGAAAAAUUUCAAUGGUCAAUGCAGAAAGAAGGCUUUUAGCAAAUGCACUCAAAGAUCCUGACAACCAGCAUUUUGUUCUACUCUCUGACAGUUGCAUACCAUUGCAUGAAUUUGACUAUGUGUACAACUAUCUCAUGUACACAAAUACAAGCUUCAUAGACAGCUUUGAGGAUCCUGGUCCACAUGGAAGUGGGAGGUAUUCUGAACAUAUGUUACCUGAAGUUGAGAAGAAAGAUUUUCGGAAGGGUGCACAGUGGUUCACAGUGAAGCGGCAACAUGCAGUUAUAAUUAUGGCUGAUAGUCUCUACUAUACAAAAUUCAGGGAUUAUUGCAAGCCAGGUAUGGAAUAUGGACGCAACUGCUAUUCUGAUGAACACUAUUUGCCUACUUUUUUCCAUAUUCUUGAUCCAUCUGGAAUUGCAAAUUGGUCAGUAACACACGUGGAUUGGUCUGAAGGGAAGUGGCAUCCAAAAUCAUAUCGCAAGAAAGAUGUUACUUAUGAGCUGAUGAGAAAUAUUACAUCUAUUACAGAGAGUCUGCACGUUACAAGUGAAGAAGUGAAGGAAAUUCAGAUCAGGCCAUGCCUGUGGAAUGGAAAGCAGCGACCUUGUUACUUGUUUGCAAGGAAAUUCUUACCUGAAACUCUUGAUAAUUUGAUGCUCCUUUUCCCCAAUUAUACAUCAAUUUGAGUGGAGUGAUAAAAAUAAGUUCUGAUUCUUUGGUCAAAUCAAGAGUUGCAUUCAUCCCCUUCUCGUCUCCAUUCUCGCUGUUGUAAAGUGCCUCUCAUGAUAUAGCAUUGAGUACACUCCCCAAGAUGGCUUCUUUUUGAGUCCAAGGGCAACUGGCAGAGCUGUGAAUGUGAUUUUAAACUUAGCUGAAGAGUGUGAAGAACUUUGCUGCCAAUGUUGUGCUUCCUUGGGGAUGGAGAUUUUGUGUUAAAUUGUUUUCCACCAUUUUGGGCUAUUUGUUACAUUCCCAUCCCUGGACUAUGUGGCACUGUUUGGGUGACCUUUGUAGAAAUUGCAAAUUAGGCCCCAGCAGAGACAGUUUUCUAUUGUUUUAUAUAGAUUUCUCAAUGUUUCUUCUUUCUAGUAGAAUUCCCAAAAUCCGAGUAUAUAAUGAAAUUUUUGCAGUAAAAGAUUUCUUCUUGUUGAUUGUUUUUGACGAUUUCAA